AUGUGGUGGCCAUUCAGCAUCUUCUUCAGCAGCAUCUUCCUCUUCGCCAUCGUCCUGUCCAUCCCCGUCGCCUUCGAUGUGGGCGGGCGAGACAGCGGCCUGGCCUACAGCCUGAGCCUGUCCAUCUUCUACAUCUUCUACUCGGCCAUCCGACUGGCCACGCCCGAGACGUCGCGCAUCCGCUGGACCAUUGUGUCGCUGCUGAGGCUGGCGCAAUGGUUCGUCAUCCCGUCGCUGCUCAUCUGGGCGCUGGGCAAGUUCGCCGUCGACGUCGACGAGGCGGGCUGGGUGGAGAGGACCUUUGACGGCGUCUUCCACUCCAAGAGCACGAGCUGGACCGAGUGGAUGUUUGGCAAGGAGGGCGUGCUGGAGACGGUCAUGCUGGGCUCGUGGGACAACGUGCUGCGCUAUUCGGGCCCUGUCUUCCAGCUGCUCGAGGGCUUCUGCACGCUGCUCGUAAUCCAGGCGGCGGGACAGAUUACUCGAUGGCUGGUUAACAGAGGGAGGAGCGAUACCUGGGUGAUCUUCUUGCUUGCGUUUUCCGGCUCCAUCAUUGCCAGCGCCGUCUAUUUCCUGUGGCGUGUUGCUCAGUUCCCCCAAAUCAGCAACAUUGAUGCCACGCUCAUUGGUGCCACCAUGACUACAGCCGUGUUUCUAUGCGCCUACGGCAUUGGCAGCGGUCGCGGCAGCCCUGUCGAGUCAUCGCUUCUCUUUGCUUACGUCGUGCUCUGCGUCUACCAAAUCUUUACCGACUACCUCCCUUCCGACGGCACCUAUUCGGCCGAGGACCAGGCAUCGUCUCAGCCAGAAAUCCCCCCGCUGCCGCCCAUCAUCAUGGCCUCGUACUCAACCUUGCUUCACAUAGUUAGCACUCUCCCUGGCGCUCUUCACUCGUCGCUCGCCCUAUUGUACGCCGCUUUCCAGACGAUUACGCCGUCCGUCAUCAUCUCCCUCGCAUACCGUCUCUUCGUCUUCUACUGCGCCACUCGCAUCAUUCCCUCAGUACGGGACCUGGGUGCCCGAGCCAUGCUGCACGAGCCUGACUGGGACGAGUCAGAAGCGGCGUCAAUGUUCCUCAGUAUCCUCAGCUACUUUUCGCCGACAAUUUUGAUAGCUGUCUACACCAGCCUGCUGUUACAACACUUUUCGACCAGCGAGGGGCCAGAUGGAUGGACGCUCAGGGGCGGAGACGUGGGUGGAAGCACUUGGCGAUGGAUCAACGUAGGACUGACGAUGAUCCUAUACGGUAUAGAACUUACGCUCAGCACGGACGACCAGGAUCACUGGAAGGUGGAUUGA